AUGGAUAGCCAGGUUGAACGGCUCGUGGAGAAGGCCUGGGACAAGUUCCUGCCACUGCCCCCGGAUCGGCGACUCAUGAUUGGAAUCGGCGGAAUCCCAGGCUCAGGCAAGACGACGCUCUCCCAGAUGGUGACCACGGCCCUCAACGCCAGGCACGCAAGGCUGGAGCCCUCGCACGCAUCGUACAGCCCGAGCCCGGUAGCCGCCUUCGUGCCCAUGGACGGCUUCCACCUGACGCGCGCCCAGCUGUCCGCCAUGCCAGACCCGGCGACGGCCCACGCCCGGCGCGGCGCAGAGUUCACCUUCGACGGCGCCUCCUUCCUGAAGCUGAUCCAGGCCCUGCGCGAGCCGCUCCCCGUGCCCGCGCCCCCGGCCCCGCUGGACCUGCCGGAGCGGCCGGAGGACUACCCGCAGGGGACCGUCUUCGCCCCCUCGUUCGACCACGCCGUCAAGGACCCCAAGGACGCCGACAUCGCCGUCCUGCCCUCGCACCGCAUCGUCGUCUUCGAGGGCAACUACGUCGCGCUGGACAAGGAGCCCUGGUCCUCGGCCGCCCGCCUCAUGGACGAGGUCUGGUUCGUCGACGUCGACUUCGCCGUCGCCCGCCGCCGCCUCGUCGCCCGCCACGUCAAGGCCGGCAUCGCCGCCGACGAGGCCGAGGCAGACAGGCGCGCUGUCGAGAACGACCUGCCCAACGGGGACGAGAUCGUUGGGAAGCGGUUGCCCGUCGACGAGGUCAUCGUCUCGAGGGAGGACACGGCGUGGGAGCAUGAGUGA